CGUUCCUGACUGCGAUCUGAGCUCCCGUCGGUAACAAACUUAGUAACCCCAUUGUGGUGGCGGGUGAGAAAGGAGACGAAGGGUACAAAGAUCUGCUUGAUAUUGGCGCAUGGCAGAUUCCUUGUACUGCAGUAGAAGAUGACUGGUGUCAGGAGUCUUUGGGUGUUUGCAGUCUGUGUGAUGGUCCUGCAGUCAGGCAGUGUCCAUGGAAAACUACAUGUUGUGUACAUGGACACGGAGGACACCUGUAGCUACAAGGUGCACCUCGACGACGAGAACCAGUUCAAGGUGGAGCGAAGCGGCAACAGCAAUGCUGACAAGAAUCUGACUGGUUACUUUCCGUGCUUCCAAGCGUUCAUGUCAGGGUCGAAGGUUGUCUGUAUCAACGAACAAUUAGUCCACUUCUACCGAUGUUCGCUGCGUCUCAAGUAUUACACAUUUGAUGCCUCUAGGACGACUGUCCCUGUCACAACAGACUACUCUGCACAGAGGAUCCUGGACUGCCACACUGACACGAUGGAGUGGUGUUCCAGGAGUGCUGCAAACGUGAAGAUCGUGCUGGAAACCACCCUGCCAGAUGCCAGGAUACAGGAUGUCACCCUCCUCCUUGAUGUGGCCAGAAUUACCAGUCAGGUCAGAGUUGCUUUCAUGUUACAUAACUGCGGAACCACACACUACCUGCAGAACAGCAAGAUGCACAUGAAGAUAGUGGACAGCAUCAAUACCACCAGCUGUGUGAAGACAUUCACAUACCGUGAUGUACAGGACAGCAAGAAGAGCGAGAUCUGUGUAACGUUCGAGGAGUGGCCCAGGGAUAGGUCAUGUUCAACAUACGAACUCAUCAUGUACCACGGUCACCCCGAACAAGGUGACGUCAUAAAGAGUGUCAAAUGCUCUGAGCCAAUGCCAGAAGAUUUCUGUACUGAUGGAGAGGAGGUAUCAUUCAAGGCCAUCCGCACCGGACCCGUGGACAAAGACAAACAUGGCUUCUAUAUCAAGAUAUGGGACAACUAUGACCUCAGUGAGAAAGGUGGGGGCUUGAGUGUAGGAACCAUCGUCUGGAUCUGUUUUGGUGUCUUUGCAGCUAUUACCAUCAUAGUUUCCGUGAUCAUAUGCAAGUGUAGGGGGGGCGGGGGCAGGGGCGGGGGCGGGGGCGGGGGCGGUUGGUCCAUGCCGUCUCUCCCUAGUUUCGAUUUUGAUGAUGAUGAUGACUAG